GUGGUAAAUACGAGAAUAAAUGGAGUACAAUUUAAGAUUACUUAAUUUGAUAUUACUGCUUUUUAUUUGUGAUUUGACAGUUUUUAUUCAAGGAGGGUGUCACUCUGGUUACUAUCACUGUUCGGGUUAUACAUGGUGCUGUCCUUAUGGCUAUUCCUGCACUGGAUACUCAAGGUGCCCUAAAAGUCAUCAUUCUUCGGGGUCGUCAAAUGUUGGUGCUAUAGUUGGAGGCUGCAUGGGUGGUUUAGUUAACCUCUUUAUCCUGAUAUGUUGCAUAGUCAAAUGUAAAAAUUUAGGACAGGUAAAAUCAAUGAAUACACAUUCAGGUCGUCAAAAUAGAAUCGCAACACUUGAGAACCGACAACAAAAUGGUAGUGACAGAUUCGGUACAAGACAUCCCAUUCCUAUUCAACCAUCACUUCCGGCCUCAUUCGAACCAGGUCACCCACCACCUUCUUAUCAUAUAUAGGACCUAUUCUCUAUGAUAUCCAAACGUAUUGAUGAACUUAUGUAUUUUAACAGUGUUUUAGUUACGAAAUUGUAGAACCUUAUCAUUGUUUUGGUACGGAAGCCAUAAAGAGACACAUAAACAAUAAAUUAAUCCAUGAUCUCGGAUUUACAAUCUGGGAUCUCCAAUUUGAAAUCCAUAAUUUUG